AUGGAUUUAUUGGAUGGGAUAGAAGACUAUUCAGCUAGUCAGUUUAAGCCAACUCAAGCUGAUGCUAUGCCUACUACCCAACAAGACAAUGAAAACUCAGAUUCAGAAAGUCCUUCUCAAACACAACCAAACCAAUCAUUACUAGGAUUUGAUUUCAAUAUCACAGCAAUAUCUAAAACACUCAAUUUGGCCAAUGAUAACCGGGAUGAUGAUACACCAAAUCUAAGUAUUUUAGAUAAAGUUAAGAAUAGAUUGUUAGGAGGCGGUGACGCGUCAGAUGAAGAUGAUAAUAACACCAAUCCAGAUGAUGAAGUCCUGGAUAAGACUCAAAAGAUAAUUCACCCAUCUACUAUUUCUGCAUUUCAAUUACUACCACAAUUGGAUGUAGAUGAAAGCGAAUUUUCCAACAAUCUGUCAACACAAAUCAUACCGAAGAUGAAACCAACUCAAAAGAUUGAAACUUCAAGUGAUACACAGGUCAUUCCUAAGCCCAGUGAUAUAGAAAGUUGGUUUAACCCAAAAGUUCAAACACAUGAGAAUGGAAAUACUAUGCCACCAUUGAAAGCUUUAUCUAAGGAAGAACGGGAAGCUAAGGUCGCUCAAUUGGCUGAACAAAAGCGUCGUGAAAGACUUGAAAAGGAAAGACAAGCAUUGGAACAAGAUUUAACUAAGGGCACCAUAACUGAUGAAGAAGAGGAAUUGAAUCAAGAAGCUAAUGACACAGUUGUUUCAUCACAUUUUAAAAGUGAUGGGUUGUCUACCAAAGAAUUGGAAAAGGCACAAGAAUUUUUGAAUAUUCAAAAAAGACAUGUAGAUAUUCGACCUGAAUUUCAAAAAAAAGUUGUCUUUACAAAAGCCAAAUUGUUAUCUGAGUUUUCCGAAGAAGAAGAAGAAGGGGGUUUUGGUUCAGAUGGGAAGACUAUCACCAAAAAUAAAACACCUUCGUCUCCAACAGUUGAGGAAAUAUUGAAAUCAAGUCCAUUUACAUCUCCCGUGAAGGAUGAUCAUAAUGAUGAAAGUGUUUUAGAUUUAUUCAAGAAACCAAGUGAAAGCUCUAAGAAUCCAUUGGAAUUAUAUGCAGAAAGAUUGAAAAAGCAACUUUACAGUUCACCACAAGCUCAAGCUGAUUCUACAUACAAAGUCAAACAUUCUAAGAAAUUAAUCAAUUUAGAUUCUGAUUCUGAUAUUGAUCUUGUAUCUUCAUCUCCAACAAGGAAGCCUCCAGUUUCUAUUGGUACUGGUGGUGUUUCUGGAUCAAAAUUUUCCAAUCGAGCCAAGGAAUUGGAUAAUAUUCCUGAACUUAGUAAAGAACAACGGUUAUUAAUAAAACAAAAAUUUUUGAAAAAGAAAUUCCAAAAUUCCAAAACCAAAGGUAAUCAACUGAAAAAUCUUAAUCUUAAUCAUAAACAAGAUAAUGGGUUUAUGCAAAAAUUACGUGAAAAACAUAUUAAUCAAUUAAAAUUGAAUAAAUUAAAUAAUCCUGAUCAUUUGAUCAUGGAAGAGUUAGAAAAAGAUGAAGAAACAAUGACUUCUUUAUUGGAAAGAGAAAUGGAAAGAGCUAGAAAUAUUAGGAAACGAGAAAAGUUACAAGAACGAGCCAAAUUGGCAUUACUAGAGGGGAAAUGGGGAAUUAAGUCCAAGAAUGAUUCCGAGACUUAUGGUAAUGAAAUCCCUGAAAGUGAUGUAGCUGAUUCUGAUGUGCCUGAUAGUGAUUAUAAUCUGGAUAAUUAUGGAGAUGCACUGGAAGAUGAAUUACCAAAAGGAACUGAAAUUAAUCCUAGAAGUGAUGAUAGUUAUAUGUUUGGCGGUGGUGACAACGCUGAUGGCAAUGGUGAGGAUGAAGGGGUAACUACUACUUUAUCGACACAACCUCAACCAGUUUUCGAUAAUACAUCUUUUAUUGAUAAAAAUGAGGGACUUUUCCAAAAUUUACAACCAAGAACGUCGAAAGAAGAUUCAUUUAUAUCUACACAAGGUGAAGAAAGUCAAUCACAGAUUAAACUUCCCCUUUUCCGAGAUCUUACACAAGGCCCAAUACAAACUCAAGUUGAUGAAGAAGCCACUCAAAAAGAUGAUGUAGCAACGCAAAAGAUUUUAGGUGCCACCCAAAAAAUAGUUGUUCCUACUCAAAAAAUCAAGAACGAUACUCAGAUUAUCAACAAUCUAAAGCUACAACGUCCAGCUAAUAGCGACAGAAAGGUUGAUGUUGAUGACGAUGACGAUGAUAUAAUUACACCUGCAAAUGUUCGUCGUGGUCGUAAAAUGAUCAGGAAUAAUAACAUGAUUAAAAUCGAAGAAGACGAAGAAGAAAUCCUUUCAAAGAGUGACAACGAUCGUGAACAGAAAGAACAAGAGGAGGAAGAUGAUAAUAAUGUUGAUGAUCCAGAAGAAAUACAACGUCGUAUCAAAGAAUAUGAAUUGAAAAUUUGUAAACGAGAAUUAAAAUUACGGAAACGUAGAAAAGAGAUGGAACGUAAAGGGAUGAAAAAUAUUGUUGAAGGAGAAGCUGAAGAAUCUGAAGAUGAAUGGAAAGGAUUAGGAGGAAUUGAUGAAGAAUUUUCUGAUGUUAUUAAUUCUGAAGAUGAAAAAAUGAUUGACAAUAAUUUUAAUAUUGAUUUAAAAAAUGAUGAAAUUCGAUCAAAAUUUAUGGAAGAAUAUCAAAUUAAAGAUCAAAAAGAAUUAGAAAAAUUAUUAGAUGAUAUUAAAAAUCAUCGAUUAAUUAAAAGAGCAGGAGUGAAUUCAAAUGGGUUAGAUAUUGAAAUUAGUGAUGAAGAAGAUCAAUUAUUAGAAGCUUAUAGAAAACAAAAAUUUAUGGAGCAACAACAACGAUUAUUACAAAAUAAAAAAUUGUUUGAAUUAUAUAAGAAUGAAAAAUCUAAAGCGUUUUUCAAAUCAAUUCAAGAUACUGUUGAAGUGAUAAAAAUUGAUGAUAGUGAUGACAGCGAUAUUGAAGACCAGAAUAAUCCAUUUAAUAAAGACAAAAAGAAAUCUGGAUCGGAAACUGAUAAAGAUGAUAAUCAACAAAAGGAGAACGACGACGAUGAUGAUGAUGAUGAUGAUGAUUCAUUAGAUAAAGAAGCACCAAUUAAAAAAACUAUUAAAGUUGAUGAAGCAUUUAUUAGAAAGAAAUUAUCAUUUUUAUAUUCCACUACUGAUGAAGAUAAAUAUGAGCGAUUACAAAGAAUAUCUCGAAUUCAACAUGGUUUAUCUGAUGGCGAAGAAGAUAUUGAUGAUAUCAAUGUAUUGAAAAGCAAAUCUUUCAAUAAUUUAACAAAUAAUAGAUUGACUCCAACUUUAGAAUCAUCACAAGGGGGAUCUAAAAAGAGAGAACAUGAAAAUGACACUGACGUUGACGAAGAAGAAGAAGAAGGAGACGAAGAAUUUAUGCCAGUUUUCAAAAAGCCAUCAAUUGUGAAAUCAUUUAAAUCAUUUCAAGAACAACAAGGUAUUAGUAUUAAAGAUGGUAAACAUCAUUUCUCUGGUGUCACAAUUAGUAAACAAUAUAAAGUUGUUGCUGGAUCUAAAGCUUCAAUUACGUAUAUGUCUAAAAAUAAUAAUCACAGCAAAAAUCAAAUAAAGAAUAUUAGAGAAGAGAAAAUUCAAAAAAGUCUACAUCUGUCCAGAAGUGGAAAUAGUUCAUUUUUCGAUAAUUCAGGUUUUGAAUAA